CCGCUGAUCUCGACCAGCUUUUUUCGGCUAUGUCGAGUAACUGGCGUGGUUGGGUCUCCGGAUUUGCGUUAUUGGUUAUGGGUGCGUCGGACCUGGAGUCUAAAGCUGUGAGGGAAUUCAGCUCCACGUUGUUCAGCAUGAGGCCAGACAUUGCGUUGGCCAUUGCCAAAGUGAUAUUUCAAUCGGAUUGCAGAUCGAUUCUGCCACGUGUCACCUGCUCCGUGCAUCUUCUCUUCUCGAGGUCGGAUAUGGCGGUGCCCCUCACCGUUGCCCGGUACAUGAGAGAGCACUUGGUCAAUGCCGCAGAAGUAGAGGUGGAGGUGAUGCCAACGAGGGGUCAUUUGCCCCACUUGUCCACGCCGGAAAUUGUUAACCCGUACUUGCUAAGGCACAUUGCCAUAGUGAAAAAUGAGGGGGGGCAGCAGAAGGGAGGAGAGGAGGAGGAGGAGGAGGAGGAGGAGGAAGGGGGGGGAUGGGAAGGAGAAGCAGCAGCAGGAGUAGGAGAAAGAGGAGCAGAAGCAGAAAAAAGUAGUGUGUUUGCAACAGCAGCACCAGCAGCAGCUGCAGGGGAGGAGGAGGAAAGGGAGGAGGAGGAGAAAGAGGAAGAGGAGGCGAGAGAGGAGCAGAGGGAGGAAAGUUUAGUACGUUUGCCACAGCGGCAGCAGCAGUAGCAGCGGCAGGAAAAGGAGUAGGAAGAGAAGGAGGGGAGAGAGAUGGGGAGGAGGAGAGGCCCGAGAGGUAUGACCAUC